AUGUGUGUCGAGACGGCUGGGCUAACUCGGCUCAGAACCAAUUCGCAGCAGUCUAUCCGCAUCCGCAGUCUCGAAAAUGACUGCUCGCGCCUCCUCGCUGAGAAUCUCUCCCUACGCGAACAGGUUCUACAACUUCAAAACACACUCGAAUCCCAGCCAUUGCGCCCGUCGUUUGAAAAUAUCGAUGCCGUCAAGUCCAAGUUGGAAGCUAAGAUGGCAGAGCUUGGGGGCUUGGUCGCAGAGUUGGGGCAAUUGAAGAAGGCGGACCGAAAACCUCAUUGCAGGACACAGCUUGCGACGCGACGAAAUCCGGACGAAAAGCAAUGGCGCAGUGGACUGGGAUUGCAAGAAGUGGAGAAUGCUAUGAUGCCUACCAUCACAGAGGACAAGCACUAUCCCAGGCGAAUGUCGCGAUUUGACGACGAGGGACCAAUCUCCUACAACCCUGAGCAAGCAGAUGCAGCGCAGCCCGAAGGGGACAACGAGGACGGAGAACCAGCGCUUUCAGUAAACCUAGAAACGCGUAAGAAGCGAAGGGAGAGCGGGCCGAAGUUGAACAUUCGACGCGUAUCGGUUUUCGAGUCACCACCCGAGAACACAGAGGAUGGCGCAACGAGGGCUGUCAAGGCUGGCGCGAAGCGGAAGUUUAGUGUACAGGAAGACGAGGACAAGAGCCAGUCCAAGUCGGAGGCCUUUAGGUUCAGCCGCCGAAACGCUCCUACAUCCGAGACUGAGGCGUCUAACGAGGAUUCUGGACCUUCCUCUCCGGAGAGGCCAGUCCUUGGAAGCAAACCUGUCAACACGGAUCCUAUGGUCUCACCGAAGAAGCAACGCCAAUCUGUACAGGAUAAACCCGAGAAGCCGGCCCUACCUCCACCAAAAGCUCGGGUUAGUCGCCCACGCCUCAACAUCAAUCGCACCAUUACGCCACCCGAGAUACCAUUGCUUCCAAUGCCCGAGCCUGUCAUGACUGCCGAAAUCACCCUCGACGCAUUACCGCCGAAGACACCUGCCGUGGAGACUAUAUUCUCUCCUCCAACAACCGAACCGUCCACAUCGCGACCAGAAAGCAAGGACACGCCACCACCCGGUGAUCUGAGCGCGGCGGACCAGAUUGGCGCAGGCAGGCCAGGGCGAAGGGCGCGUCCGCAGGUCAGCUACAAAGAGCCAAGCCUACACACCAAGAUGCGACGACCGGAUGCUAAGCUUGUAGACGCGAUCGUCGAGAGGAGAACGAGCGUGGAGCCACAGACAGCACCGUCGACAACGAGUAAACCGACCGCCAAGCGCGAGUCAGCCGAUGAGUUGGGAUGGAAGCCAGUAUCAGCUAUCGCUGGUCGUGUUGGAGAAGAGGAGGCCGAGACUGGAAGUCCUCUGAGGCAGAAGCUGGAUCGCCGAGAAACCGGCCAAGAAGGCAAAAGCCCAUCUUCGUCAGAUUCGAUCGAAGUCCAAGCGUCCUCAGCUUCGAAGGCGAUUUCGGCGCUCAUAGACGAGACCAGUACCGCUAAACGGAAACAAGCUCCUUCAGCGCCCACAUUGAACCCGGCGUCCGAUUCCUCUUGGCAGAAGACGCAGAGUAAGCCAAUAACGAAAGAUCCGAUUAUCAGGCAAGAAGAAGGAGCCAAGGAUAAUCUCGCCAUUUUCGACUUCACGGAGUCCUCACCCGCCGAGAUUGCUGCCAACCCACGCGCCCGCAUCAACGAACUCGCAAAAGCGGCUCGGAACGCACGUCGCCACUCCUCCGUCCCAACAUCCUCGCUAUCCGAAGAGCACAAAACCGAGCGCCCUGAAGGUGCACUUCCUUCCCUGCAUAAGCGCACCGGAAGUGGAAAUGUAAAGAGCUCAAGCACGACUAGUUUGGGCAAGAGUACAUCAUCGAGACACGUUGGUGUAAAAGACAAGAAGCCUGGACUGCCGCCUAGUAAUAGCAGUAUCGAUAUCAAGGCCAAAGUUGAUGCAGUAGAAGAAGAACGAAAGAUCAGGGAAACUACUGCACUUAGGGCAGAGAGGGCGGCGAGCCGCAGGAAGAGCAUGCUGAUGUAA